CGCGCUCACAUCACACCGACCCUGCUACUCUUCGCGGACACGGCGCUUUUAGACGCGAGGGGCGGCGGCGUCAGGAAGGACGGCUUCACCGUUUCCACCGGUUUUGCGACUCUUCUGUUUGAAGCAAACUUUAUGGGACUGAAAGGAAGUUUGGUACGUUUAACGACGUGUCGUCCUGCAGCGUUCACGUGACGUUUUAUUGUCUAUUUCUGUUUGGAGCGAGCAGAGCGCGAGGGCUUCUCAGGUGUUGGAUGUUCCUGCCGUAUUUUUUUUUAUCUUAUAAUUAAUUGAGCUGGGAGAAGAAAAGAUCUUUUUGUUGCCCGACUCUAAAGAGAAACUUUACCCAAAGUUUUACUUCUUCCGUUUAUUGGACGCAACGCCAAGUGGAAAAGUUCAAACAGGUGCCAGGAUGGAUGAGGCAGAGAAGUACCAACAGCGACUGGAAGCCAUCGCUGAGAAGCGUCGGUUGCAGGAAGAGCAGGACAAAGCCAAAAGAGAGAUGGAAGAUGAGAAGCUUAGACUACAACAGCUCAAGCGGAAGUCUUUGAGAGAUAAGUGGCUGAUGGAAGGACCUCCAUUGUCCCCAACCUCCCCAAAUUCCCAGAGCCCCCAUUCCCCUUCAUGGAACACCCAAGCACAGGAUAUGGAAAAGCACACUGACAAGUUGCCGUCGCAGACCGAGCUGAUGGCAGAGGAGCAGGAGAAGCUGAAGAAACAAAUGGAAGAUGACCAACAGGAGGAAGUGAAAGUAGCUGAACCUGAAGCAGAAAUCUUCCAAGAUAUAUUACAGAAUGGAGAGAACAAUGCAACACGAUCAGAAACAUCUGACAAUGAAGGAAAGGUAAACCAAAGCCCACCAGGUGUUAAAACAACCGUCCUGACCAACGGUGGAGGAGAACUGGAAGCAAAUGGCAAUCGCAGCACACCAGAGCAGAGCGAGUUCAACACAAACGGACCAAUCACAGCGACUGAAGUCGGCGUGAAGCUGGAAUCGGAGACGGAUGUUACUGAGGCAGAGUUAGGUCAGGUUCCCAGUGAUGGGAUUAAUGAAGAGGAGGAAGAAGGGAUUCUGGUGAUGAGAGCAGAAUGUGUGCUCAUCACAGAUGAAGGGGAUGAUGCACCCGAGGAGUUUAUUUCCCAUGAAGACCUGCAGGAGUCCAUGCAGUCAGACCAGCUCCCUCGGCCAAAUCUGGAGGCAGGCAAAGAGACAGAAGAGGCUGUAGAGGAGCAAGUAAACAAAGAAACUGCUCCAGGAACUUUAACAGAAAUGGAAAAGAGUGAAGCAGCUGAGGUGGCUACAGAAGCACAACUAGCAACUGAAAAUGAAGAUGUGGGAGGGGACAUAAAGUCAAGCAACGAUGCAGAUGAAGAGACAACAGUUGAAGGCCAAGAUGAAAAAACAGAAGAUCCAAACUCUGCAGAUGCUUUAGAGGACUCCACAGUGGCUUUGGUGCCAGCUUAUCCUGAGGUGCCACUCUCCACUGGAACUCCUCACAUAGAGGCUGAAGCUACAACAACAUCAGAAGGAGCUGAGGGAGAAUUAAAAGUGGAGGAGCCGGCCUGCCUGCCUGAGCAGUUCCAAGAGGUCCCUCUGACUGAUCCACAAGACCAGCAGAAGCCAGGGGAGCAGGAGCCACUUCUACAGAAAGCUGAAGCCUCCAACACAAAGGCAGAGUCAGCAGGAGCAAACAGCCCAGGGAGCCCAUCCACAGCUGGUCCAGGAGGGGAUUCUGAAUCACCCAAACACAAAACUUGCCAGUGCUGUUCUGUCAUGUAAACCACCUCUCUGUCCUCGCAGCCUCCUCUGCCUGCUGGUGUCCUUCAGUCUGUUACUCUGCAGUCCAUUUCAUAACACAUUCCUUCCAUCAUUUUCUUUUUUUUUUUUUUAAUCAGCAUAUCCACAAGUUGCUUCCCUUUCCUACACUAUCCUCAGCCAACAUAACAGGAAGCAAACUGUCCAACAUGAAAGGGCUCCUUUUAACUGAACUUUGGAUUUAAGGGCCUCGAGGAUUUCACCUUAACAGAGUACACAUAAAUAGUGAAAUAAAAUCUGUUCUUUAAAGGUGGCCUAAAACAUGGAACCCUUUUACUGUGUUUGAUAUCCUUUUCUUUGUUUGCAGAAGAGCCAGCAAGUCCACGUAAACUCAAAACUUCAGAUGCAAUAACAAUUCAAAACUGACUUAAAAUGUACUGAUUGAAAAUCACUUGCUAAUUUUUUUUAAAUUUGAGAUUUAGUAAUUCUUUAUUUUCAUGACUUUGAAGCUGAAUUAUUUUAAUGGGUUUUUGAAAUUUUGAGAAAUUCAAUUUAACUCAAGCACAAUGUAGAGCCUGAACUUUUUAUUCACUGUUUCCAUAUACUGUUCUGGUAAUGAAAAGACCUGUAGUUUGAAUGGUGUGAUUUAUUUAAAAAUAGAAAAAAAAGUGUGCACCAUUCUAUAUUUUAAAGACCAAUCUGACUAUUUUAAAAUGGAAAUAAUUUUUAAAUAGCUAAAGUAUGAACUUUUUUAUUUUACCACAUGUGCUUUAGAUGAGGUCCAGAGUUUUGUGUAUGGAUGUAUAUACUGUAAACAUUUUUUGCUCUUUAACAUGGUUGCUAAAUGAUUUAAUGAUUAAACUGACAUUUGUGGUAAACUA